AUGCAGGAGGAAUAUCUUCAAUGGUUGGAACGCCCCUUCCAUUUCCUAGAGGUGCUUUCCACAGUGUAUCCCUUUCAUCUCUUUCUUAACGUAGACACAAUGACUGCUGUGUCUGCCGUGGGCGAUUCAUCUACACUACCUCGCCUCAGCCCUGGGGAGUAUUUAGAAAUUUGCAUUAACAGUAUUUGGCCUUCAAUGGAUGAUAUUGGGGACGAGAUGGAGAAGUCUCGCCCUUUGAUGAACGAAGGUGACCUGCUUGAAGCUUCCUCUCUAUAUUCCUUAUUGGAUGAAAAACAAGCAAAAAGGUUACAAGAAACUUGGCCUUUGGUGGAGUCUUUCUUAAAAGAGUAUGGUAAUUCAUGCUCUCUGAAUGUGGCUGAGCGUCACUUGACAUUCUCAACAACAAGAAGGACCACAGAACCAUAUAUUAUUGACUCAAAAAGGUUACAAGAAACUUGGCCUUUGGUGGAGUCUUUCUUAAAAGAGUAUGGUAAUUCAUGCUCUCUGAAUGUGGCUGAGCGUCACUUGACAUUCUCAACAACAAGAAGGACCACAGAACCAUAUAUUAUUGACAAGGCUUGGUGUCUUCUUGAACUUUUGUCAACAACUCAUGUUCCAGUGCCUAUGGCAAUAGAUAUAAUAGAUGGCAGCGUGGAACAUGAUUACAUCAAGAUUGGUUUUCAAGAAGGUGGGCUUUGCUCAAUACAUGGGAUCAAGGAGGAGGAGUACUGUAAACGAUGGAAUUGUCUUCGCUGGUCACUACAGGCACUUUCAGAACUGAAGGGUUGUGAUCUGUUUCUUAAUGCACACACUGUUACUGCUGUGGGGACUUCACGUGAAGUAAGUCGUUUGAUCAGGUUGAUUGUGGAAGACUGCAUCAUUUCCAAUGUGUGUCCUGCAACUGCUGCCAGGAAUGUGAGUGAUAACUUAUUCGAAACAUACCGACCAACUGAAAACACAGAGGACCCACACAUCACACACAUGAAGAUGAAGUAUGACGGCAUGGCUGAGAUCACCUGUUUCUGUAGGUUUUACGCUAAUGCGACCGUGUUGGAAAAAGAUUGGCAGAUGUUGCAGUCGUGUUUGAAGGAUUACAGCAAUAUUUCAUGCACACUGGUUGCGAACAACUGUGGCAUGACGGUCUCAAUAGCCAGAAGCAUUGGGGAUUCAGAUAUUGUUGGGAAGGCUUGGGAUCUUCUUCGACUCAUGUCAGCAACUAAAGUUCCGGCUCUUUUGGCAGAGAUGAUACUGAAAGGCACUCUGCAUUGUGUCUUCAUCAAGACUGGGUAUGACGGUGGCCUUUGCUCAAAAAUUGGGAUCAAGAUGCGUCAAUUUUAUCUACUGCUGCCACGUCUUGAGUACAUCUUGAAGAAUGCUGCAAGCCGAGCAGGUUGCAAGCUUUUGAUCAAGGGUGAAACUAUAAUUGUGUUGGGGAAAUAUCCUGCGGUCUUAAAUUUGUUCGAGAUGCGUGCACGGAAAUGGCUGGAAGAACACAAGGAUGAUGAUUAUGAAAGUCGCAAAGAUUGAAAUGGUUGUUUUUAUUAUCUGCCCUUAACAAUAGAAAGAGUUGUUUGUCUAGAGAUGGCAUUAUGAUUGUGUGCUUAAUUUGUUACAUGUCUCCUCGUCCAUGCAACAAUCCCUUGUCUGCUCGUCCAUGCAACAAUCCCUUAAGUAAUCUAAGCAUACCAGUGAGAGCCAAUGAUAAAUUUGGUAUCCUACAUGUUUUUCUUUCUUGUUUUUAAAUUUUUCAAGAAGACAUUAAGAUUUCAAAUGCAAUUAUUAUUAUG